AUGGUUAAAAGGUGGGGUAAUUUAAAAUUUUCACGCAUUGUUGAGAUUGUUCAAAUUGAAUUCCCAAUCAACAUACAUGCUCCAACCUCUGCUAUGGUUAAAGCUCAGCAGAUCCCAACUGCUUCAUUAACUCAGGGAAGCCAACUUCCUCCAGUCAAUCUUGAAAGCCCAGCAUCCAGUUCUUCCAAGCCCAAGUCAUCCAAAUCAAAGAUUAAAUCCAAGUCAGCAAAACCCAGUUCUGAUCAGCCCAAGUCAAAGGACAAGUCCAAAUCCAAGGUUAAGCCUAAGUCCAAGUCAUCCAAAGAUGAGCUCCUCCAAAUGGCUCGUCUCCUCACGACCCAAGCCAAGUCAGACUCGGAUAACAGCAGUUCAGAAGAUAAUUCAAACAGUUCAAACUCUUCUAAAGGAUCAACUACUCAAAACCCAUAUGGAUCCGAAUUUCAAGAUGCUCAGGACCCAUAUGCAUAA